AUGGCUCUCCCCCGUGUUCUCACGUGCCUCGUCAUCAUCGCCGGCGUGCUCGUGUCCUCCGCGGUUCCCGGAGCCGAGGCGUUAAGCGUCAACGGGGCCAGGCAGCGCGCCGCCGCGACAGCGCUGAAGGUGGAGACGGCCAUGCAGCGCGCGGUGAGCGCGCUAAGCGCGGAGGUGGCGCAGCAGCGCGCCGUGAAAGCGGGUCUCAAGUUCGUCAAGUCCCUCCUCCCCAACCUCUUUCCGCCGCCCCCGCCUGCCCCCAGACUGUACAGUGCCGACUUUGCAGAUGAACGCGUGAGAGCAAGGUUCAGCCUCGCCGUCCCCCUCCUUGCCGCUACCAAGCCCACGCAGUUCCGCCUGACCAUCGCAGGAUCGAUGAAGCCGCCGAUGCAAGUGAACGUCAGCACGCAGUCGUCAAUCCCGCUGGCCGUGCUCGGGAAGAACAUGCAGUGCUCAAAACUUGCGCCGAGCGUGUGGGACUGCUUCGGCCAGACCCAAUUCACCCAGGCCGACAUCGGCGCUAUUGGUUACACGGCUGGCGUGGGGGCUCACGUCGAUUCGCACUCUCUCUUUCUCGUGUACCCGGAUGCGCUCAACCCUUCGGGAGAGGAACAGACCACUGCGAAGCUCACCAAGGCGCCGCCGCGUUGGACAAUGGAGCAAGUGUUCGGUUACAACGAUCUGCUGAGAGGAGUUCCUGUUGCAGGAAGGUUCCAGUCUGUGAUCAGCGGGGAGCAGCUCAAGGGAGGAGCAACGGUUGCCUUCUUCAAAAAGAAGUGCAAGAGCAUGAUGCAUGUGAGCAUCGUCCUCAUCCAUGCCAAUGACUUGAAGCCAGCAGCAAAGCUCUCCGUCGUUUACCUCCGUUACCAAAGUGCCGUCCACGUUCCUAUCAAGUGCACGUGGGCACGGCCCAGGCCUAGUGUGCACGUGUGCGAUGUCAAGAGGGAAUUCCCCAGCAAAAUCGACAUCUCCUCCUUAACCACUCUAAAGCCUGCACAUGCAGAGGACCUGGAGUUGAAGUUGGUUGUGGUGUCACAGGCGCUGGCAGAAGCCUCUCAAGACACGCUGCUCUACACGCUCUGA